UUUUGUUGAUUACCCAUUUAGUUUUGUUUUGUAUACUCCUACACUCAACUCAAUCCCCUGACUAAAACCGAACAACGCAAAUACAGUUAGAUGAAAUCAAAUUCGAGAUCGAGAGAAGAGUUUUUCAUCUCUGUUUCUUCCAGAAACCUAAUGGAAUCAAAGAUCGAUGACUUUUAUUCUGGACUUCCGUUACUCCGAACCUCAGGUUCCGUAACUCUGAACGGCCAUCAAUUUUUUAAAUUCACUCGGCUUUCAUUGUCCAUAAUUCUGUACAUCGCAUUCAACAAAACAAAAAUCUCGGAAAAGGUCUGAAAAAUUGUAGAAAUCAACGUAAGGCGGCUACUGAGAUCGGAAUUUGGAAUCGAUGGCCGAUCACGCCGGCGAGCAUGAGAAGCACGAAUCUGAAUCUCUGGUCGAAAAGAUCACGGAGAAAUUGCACGACGCUGAUUCGUCGUCGUCGGAUUCGGACGGCGAUAAUGACAUUAAAUCGGCCGCAUCUGCCGUCAAGUCCAAGAUCUACCGCCUCUUCGGCCGCGAAAAGCCCCUUCACAAGGUUCUAGGCGGUGGAAAACCUGCUGAUAUUUUUUUAUGGAGGGACAAGAAAGUAUCUGCUGGCGUGCUUGGUGUUGCGACAGUGAUUUGGGUGCUUUUUGAAUUGCUUGAAUACCAUUUGCUAUCGCUAGUAUGCCAUAUCCUGAUUCUUGGUCUAGCAAUUGUUUUUCUGUGGUCAAAUGCAUCCUCUUUUAUCAACAAAUCCCCACCUAGGAUCCCUGAAGUUGUUAUUCCCGAGGAUAUUGUCCGAAAUGUAGCUUCUGCCUUCCGGAGUGAAGUCAAUUCGGCUCUUGCCAUCCUCCGAGAGAUUGCAUCAGGGAAGGAUGUGAAGAACUUCCUUGCAGUGAUUGCAGGAUUAUGGGUUCUUUCUGUACUGGGAAGCUGCCUCAACUUCCUCACCUUGUUCUACGUCGGUAAGUACAUUGCUGAUUUCAUCAAUCCAAUUUUCUACUCGAGUUACCAACAUUUGUUCCCUCCAAAAAUAGGUUUCCUUUUGUUGCACACGGUGCCGCUGCUUUAUGAAAAAUAUGAGGAUCAGGUGGAUGCUUUUGCUGAGAAAGCUGAGGCGGAGCUGAAGAAACAGUACGCGGUAUUCAAUUCCCAGGUCUUGAGUAAAAUUUCGAGAGGGCCGUUGAAGGAUAAGAAGUUCCUGUAAACCCUGUGGUGGUGUGUUACUCUGUGAAAGUAAAUCUGUUGGGUAGCUGUGCUGCUUUGAUUUGUUUCAUGACUUACUUGGUCUUAUAGCACCCAUGUUGUCAGCAGUUUGUUUUUUGUGGGUUCGUAAUGGGAAAACAAGUGCGUUACUUUGUUAGGCAUUUUUGAUUGUGUUGCCUCUGCAUUAUUUAAUACUAUAUAUUAUCCUUCUUAGUUUAUUAAUGAUGUGAUUACUUGGUUUAGUGUAUUUACUUUUGAGCAACUUGCGAUCGACUGUGGUAACCAUCUCCAAAUAAAUAUGAAUAUGUUUGUCUUCAAA